AUGUCUGAUGUUCCGGAGCUUCCGUCAUUUGAGGCGGCGGACGUUGACGACCGUCCGCCACCUCCAUCGAUCAGUGACUACCCCAUAGGCUGUGAGGUGGGUCUCGUGGAUAUCAACAUUGCCAAGGUGGCACAGACGGAGGAGUUGUGGGAGCCUUUCAUGGACCACUUCUUUACUCAAGGAAGACGGACGGUGCGGGUGGUGAGACACCAGGGCGAUUAUACCUUUGUGGUAAGCGAGGAAGAUUCCAUGAUUGUGGGUUGCACAUUGUACCGUGCCUGUCUUUGUGAACCUAAGGUGCGCAUCGGUAAGUACGGUGGCACCAAUGCCAUAGUUUUAGGGUGUGACAGCACACACUCCAUUGAGAGACGCACUUCCGGUUUGUCUGUCGUGACGGAUCGUGAAGGUGAUGCGGUGUGGGGCCCUGACUCGCCAUUUCCUGAUGGCGCAGCUGCCGAUGGGGCCCCGGUGCCUGAAUUUACGCCCCCAAGAGAGUCUGAGAUUCCUUCGGACUGCCUCGAACGUGGGGGCCCAUGUGUGCAGGAGCAACCAACGAAAGGGCAGGCCACACUGGAGGAGCGACGGUACAAUUCUGCGUUAAUGAAGGCCUACGAUGCUAGGAUGAGGAAGGAUUAUAGUGAAGCCGUGCGGUACUGCACCAAGGCGUUGAGGCAUUGUCCCAGUGGCUGUGUGAGAGCAUUAGCUAACCGUUCAGCUAUGUACCUGAGCAUGCGUGACCCGAAAGCGGCCCUUGCGGAUGCUCUUAAGGUGAUUGAGCUGAUGCCCAGCAACUAUGUAGGCUACGUUCGCGCGGGUAAUGCCAUGCGUGGAUUGAAGCGGAAUGGAGAGGCACGGAACUUUUACCAGGAGGCACUAAAGUUGGACCCAAACAACGAAACAAUUAAGUAUCUAGAAAAAGAUAACGCGGUGCUGAUGGUGUACGCCUCGAGGCGGCGCAGAGGGCAGCAUGCCUACGUUAGUGUGGAUCGAUCGACCCUUAAUAUCAUUCUCGUAUCGGGGAAGGAUCAGUGUGCAGGUGACGUAGCCUGGGAAGAAAUAACGUCUAUUGUAGCUCCACUCGGUGAGACUGCGGAUCUUUGCGAUGCAUCAGCGUGUAUUUGCCCCCCACACGUGUGUGGAAACUGUUACCGACCACUUACCAAAGUCGAGGAUUUCUUCAACUCUCUUGUAGGUGUGGAGCUUAGUCUCUUGAAUGAGCUGUACAGCGGAUGCAAUGCUGUAAGUUGUACUUACAGCUGUGGCACCGUGUUCUGCUCAGAGAAUUGUCGUACGAAGGGUUGGGCUUCUCACCACUGGAUAGAAUGCCCUGUUAUCGGCAAGUGGCGUGAAGCAUUUAAGAAUAUACCUGCUGUUUACAGAUCGUUCUACGCUGAUUGUGCGUCCCACAUAAAUAUGGUGACACCUGCAAAGGAGCAGGCAAACGGCUCGACAGAUGGCCGUGAUGGUUCCAGCAAUUAUGACGGCCCGUUUGCUUCACUUGCCUUAUCUGUGGAGGGUAACCUAACUCAGGCACUGAUUGCGUGCUGUCGACUUGCUUGCCGUAUGUUUGUGGAUGCCGUUAGUCGUGGACAGGCACUGAAGGAUGUGGUCCUGCCAUACAAUUGGUUGUUGCCAGAAGAUUGUAGCUACGUUCGUGUGACUGACGAAGGGGCAGCCAAUAACGUGUUCACCCUAAUCGCUAACAAGAUGCUUAGACCCGUUUACGUAUCACUUGAGCGGUGCUUUGAUAACGAAGAGGGGGAAUAUCUUUCAUUUGAGCUCUUCCUUCGCUUUUUUGAGCGAGCCCGCUUCAACAGCAUCAAGUUACGCACAUCAUUGUGGCCCACCGUGCAGAAGGAAGCAAGGUGCUACAAGGAGCGACCCGCAGGUUUCGGUACCACAGAAAUCGUAGGAGGACGAAAUGUAGGUGUCUCUCUGGACCGGCAGUUGGAACACAUUCAGUCGGCCCAAGCGACCUCUGUUGCGGGUUAUUACGAGUACCUUGCGCUUUUUACCGCCUUUCCGGCGGCUUUCUCUCCACAACCGACCCGAAGUAAGCGAAACUUGGAGUCGUCGCGUCACAACUUGAAUUUGAGGUUGGAUAUCGAGUCCUCUGCGAUGAUUCGAGCGGAUGCAAUUGAAUAUAUUGCCGAAGGCGAGCAAAUGGCUGUGGAUCGAUUGACUACAACAUAUUUUGUGUAG